AGUGACCGCAUGGCGGCAUCCAAGAAGCAAAGCAAUGCGGCUGACUUUGGGCUGAAGAUCGUCAUUGUGGGAGAUACCGGCGUGGGCAAGACGAGCCUGCUCAACAGACAGACAGAGUCGGCGCGUGAGCCGUUCAAGACACCAUCGUCAGCGUCGAUCGGAGUAUCAUUCAAGGUCCGGUCGUACGACAUCGAUGGCUCGGUGUACCGGGUGCAGUACUGGGAUGCACCGGGCGCGGAACGGUAUCUGCGGCUAACGUCGCGGCUGUGCGCGGGUGCGUCGGGUGCUGUGGUUGUCUUUGACGUCAACUCCAAGUCGUCGUUUGAGCAUCUGGAGGAUUGGAUUAACGAGCUGGACGCGUUCACGGCGUUGCCCAAGGUUCUGGUGGGCAACAAGGUCGACGUGCGGCCCGAGCUGCGGCAGGUGACAGCGUCGCAGGCCGAAAUGUUUGCGCAAAAGUUCUCGAUGCAGUACUUUGAGACGUCUGCCGUCAACGACGUCGAGGUCCACGAGGCCUUUUCGGAGCUCUUUGCCUUGAUUGUGGAGGGCAUUCCAGACCCGCCCGAGCCGUCGCUCCUGCUUCAGCGCGGCAUCACUCUGACGUCCAAGCUUGCGCGUGACGCCGGUCUCCGGCAAGCCCUGUUCCUGGCCAAGAACGCAACCGGCGGUGGCUCCUAGGGCCCGCGGAUAAUGGACUGGACCAAGCACUCGAGCAUGUGCUCGCCGGUCGGCCCGGCUCGGAGCAGGUACGACUCUGCGAGCUCCAUAGCGCCGAUGUGAUAUAGAAACAUACCGUACUCGAGGUAAAUCGCCUCCAGCAGCG